AUGACACUUAGUCCCUCCGACCAGCUGACUUCCCAAACGCGCCUGCCGAUCGCUGAAGCCGACAACUGCAGCAGAAGUGACAGCGUCAGCAGCAUUAGCAGUGUCGGCAGCAGCAUCUUCGGUCGCAUCGCUGAAGACCACCCGAUAGAGAAUGACACUUUGGAGAAUGGCACUAGGGCCAAUUUAUGGUUCGACCUCGAAAAGGUCUACAACUUGCACGACGUACAGCACAUUCAGUUCUGGCCUUUCAAGAAGAAGGUCGUAAAAAUCGUCAGUCUACGCCUCCGUCUAUAUCGAUCUAGCUUCAUUGCCCUCAAUCAAUGUCUUUUGUCUGCGAUCCUCGCCGCGCCCACAACCAUCAGCCUCCGGCUGACGCUUUUUACGCAGCGCCAUCAACGGUUAUGCACUCAGUGGUCCUGGGACUCUUUGAAACUGACAGAAGCCGCGCUCAAAUUUAUCGGAAACGAAUUCGCAGGUCAUGUUAAGAAUAUUACGCAGGUGGAAAUGCCGCACAACACAGGAGGGCAAGUGUACCUUGUUGACUUCAACGACACUGAGGAGGAAGAGGAUUGA